CUCUUCUCGGCCGCCACGGCCACAUGACGAUUGUGCUGACCGAGCCACAAUAACACACAUCCAAUAGAACGUUGCCACGUGCCAAAACGGUAAAACCCGAAACACGUCCAAAUUCAAUGAACCUGCAGCGGCCUUCGUCUCGAACUUGAUUUUCCCCCAUUCCCCCAUGUAUAAAAAUUCUUGCAUCGGCCAUCGCCACGGCAAACGAUACAAACCAUUCUCUGAAAUCUACAAAAACCCAAAAUUCAACACACCAUUUUUUUCUUCAGCUUACCGUGAAAUUUAAGGUUACUGCGCGAACGAGAGAAACAUCAAUGGCAUUAGCUAUUUCCUCUUCAUCUGCUGUUCAUAGCUCUUCCUUGUCCGCCGCCAUUGAGCGAACCAAAGGCGCACAAUUCGGCGCGUCCCAGGUGUUGGAUUGGCCACGUGUCUCACCGAUGUCCCUGAAUUUCUCCCGGCGGCGUUGCGCCGUGAGGCCGUUGAAUGCCGAGCCGAAGAGGAACGACUCAAUUGUUCCUUCAGCGGCGACCUUGUAUGCUCCUGAGGUUGUCGGGAAAGUGGUGGAGGAGGAAGAUUACGAGAAAUUGGCAAAGGAGCUGGAAAACGCAUCGCCACUUGAGAUCAUGGACAGGGCCCUUGAGAAAUUUGGAGAUGACAUCGCCAUUGCUUUUAGUGGGGCAGAAGAUGUUGCUCUGAUCGAGUACGCCCAUCUGACCGGCCGCCCGUUCAGGGUCUUCAGCCUGGACACCGGCCGCUUAAACCCCGAGACAUACAAAUUCUUCGACGAGGUCGAAAAGCGUUACAACAUCCGCAUCGAGUACAUGUUUCCGGAAGCUUCCGAGGUCCAGGCACUGGUCCGAACCAAAGGCCUCUUCUCCUUCUACGAGGACGGCCACCAGGAGUGCUGCCGCGUCCGAAAAGUCCGUCCCCUUAAACGGGUUCUCUCGGGCCUUCGCGCCUGGAUAACGGGCCAGCGCAAGGACCAGUCACCCGGCACGCGUUCCGAGAUCCCAGUCGUCCAGGUGGACCCAGCCUUUGAAGGAUUGGACGGAAGCCUCGUCAAGUGGAACCCGUUGGCGAACGCAAAGGGAAACGACGUGUGGAGCUUUUUGCGGGCCAUGGACGUGCCCGUCAACUCGUUGCACUCGAAGGGAUAUGUCUCGAUCGGGUGCGAGCCGUGCACGAGGCCCGUUUUGCCAGGUCAGCAUGAGAGGGAGGGUAGGUGGUGGUGGGAGGACGCGAAAGCCAAGGAGUGCGGGCUCCACAAGGGCAACAUAAAGGAGGAGAAUUUGAUUUUGAAUGGGAAUGGUAGUGGGCCGAACGGGACUGCGGGCCAUGCGGAUCUUUUCGAAAGGAAAAAUGUGGUGGGCCUGAGCAGGCCCGGGAUUGAGAAUCUGCUGAGGCUGGGGAAUAAUAGGAAGGAGGGAUGGUUGGUGGUGCUGUAUGCUCCCUGGUGCGGGUUUUGCAAAGGGAUGGAGGAGUCGUAUGCUGAGGUGGCGGAUAGGAUGGUGGGGUCAGGGGUGAAGGUGGCGAAGUUCAGGGCGGAUGGGGAGGAGAAGGCGUUUGCUCAGAGGGAGCUGCAGCUCGGGAGUUUCCCGACUAUUCUGUUUUUCCCGAAGAAUUUGUCGAGGCCGAUCAAGUAUUCAUCGGAGAAGAGGGGCGUGGAGUCGUUGUUGGCCUUUAUCUCUCAGCCCGAUGACAAUGAGAACCACACAAUCGUCGUGGGCAGCUCGUACCAGCUGCCCAUUCGAGUUCAUGUUCAACUAUGUACUCGGAGACGCCCAAGGCUUAGAUCAUCUCAUACCAGUUGCCGUCUGUUGGGACGUUUCAAGAGACAAGAUUUCUUCAGGGUGACCACUGCCGGUCGAAAAGCGUUACAACAUCCGCAUCGAGUACAUGUUUCUGGAAGCUUCCGAGGGCCAUGCACUGGCCCUCUCUGGCCUUCGCGCCUGGAUAACGGGCCAGCGCAAGGACCAGUCACCGGCACGCGUUCCGAGAUCCCAGUCGUCCAGGUGGACCCAGCUUUUGAGGGAUUGGACGGUGGGCCCGCAAGCCUCGUUAAGUGGAACCCGUUGGCAAACGCAAAGCGAAACGACGUGUGGAGCUUUUUGCGGGCCAUGGACGUGCCCGUCAACUCGUUGCACUCCAAGGGAUAUGUCUCGAUCGGGUGCGAGCCGUGCACGAGGCCCGUCUUGCCAGGUCAGCAUGAGAGGGAGGGUAGGUGGUGGUGGGAGGACGCGAAAGCUAAAGAGUGCGGGCUCCACAAGGGCAACAACAAGGAGGAGAAUUUGAUUUUGAAUGGGAAUGGUAGUGGGCCGAACGGGACUGUGGGCCAUGCGGAUCUUUUCGAAAGGAAAAAUGUGGUGGGCCUGAGCAGGCCCGGGAUUGAGAAUCUGUUGAGGCUGGGGAAUAAUAAUAGGAAGGAGGGGUGGUUGGUGGUGCAGGAUGGUGGGGUCCGGGGUGAAGGUGGCGAAGUUCAGGGCGGAUGGGGAGGAGAAGGCGUUUGCUCAGAGGGAACUGCAGCUAGGGAGUUUCCCGACUAUUCUGUUUUUCCCAAAGAAUUUGUCGAGGCCGAUCAA